AUGCCUCCACAUAUCCCCAGAAAGUCCCCUUCACUAGGCAUCCGCCUUAAUCAAGACACUUACGCACCUGGGGACACCAUCACAGGACAUAUCUACCGUCAAAAGCCCAUCGUCUCUCCUCUUGUCCGCGCAGUCUGCAAACUGCAAGGAUUCACCUCGGCAGGCAGGAUGCACAAGUGCGGAGAUAAGGCAUUGUCUCUCCUGAAGGACGACUGGGGUCAACCUGACAUAUAUCAAGGCCCACUACAUAUUGAGAUUGACGAUGAGGAGAGAUGGUCGUUCAGUCUGAGAAUUCCCUUGUUUGCGGAUGAGGACAGAGCUUCGGGCAGAUAUGGACCGAGUUUCAUCCCUGCUGGAGAGAGGCAUCAGCUCCCGCCCACGUAUGUACUUCGUACUGCUGCGACUGGCGACGGCCCUCUUCUUAACACAUAUGUAGAGUAUUUCGUUUUCGCGAAGAUGACAAUCAACUCUCACGGAAAGGAGGAGGAGCUCUCGGCCAUACAGCCGUUCAACAUGGUGUUGUAUUCGCCAGAUCCACCUAUAGCAGACUUUAAGGUGAAGCGCUGGAUACAUCGACAGAGUUUCGCAAGCAGGAAACUAGCCCCUGGGCGUCAAGAAGUCAAAAUGUCAUUACUAGAGAAACUCAAAAGCUCCUUUCGUCCGAAUCCCGAAUUUUACUUUGACUUGCUUGUUGACGUCCCGACCAUCAUCCAGCUAGAUAACCCGAUACCGAUACCGUUUCGACUAGCUGCUAGACCAAAAUGGGAAAAGACCAGCGAGAUAAUACGCGAUGUUCCCCAAAGUGUCAAGUUGGUUGCUGUCAAUGUUGAGCUCGUCACCUGCACGAGGACUAUCGCGGCACGAGAAGGAUAUCCUUGGGAAACACGCCUAGACCUUGGUGUGUCCAAAGCUAUCCAAAAUCUGAAACGGGAUAUCUAUGUAACAUCAGACCCUAUUGAUAUUGGGAAACUGAUCAACUUUCGUAUUGGGCUGGAGAAUGCUGGGUUCCAAGUGUCUUGGACGAGGAAGCAAGACGGAUUUACGCCUUCUUUUAAGACCUUCAAUAUUGAGGUAACACAUGAGUUAAGAUACUCUAUUCAUGGCAAGGUCCAAGGGGAGAAAUUCGCCGCUGAUGGUAAACAGGCUGUGGUGAUAUUGAGGUCUAGCGGAGGAUUGCCACAAAACAAUAGUGAGAAUCCUCAGGUGCGGGAGGACGAUGAAUCGUGGAUUGUUCCACCGCCUGAGGAGGCACCAACAUCAUUGGCCGAGGAAAUCCUGGCAAGAUAA